UAUGCAAGAUGGAUCGCAAGGUAAAGAAAACUUUGUUCCAUUUAAUCAGUUAGUACAACGAUUGUCUUCUAGUGCACUUCUUAUAACAAGUUUAUUCAUUUUUCCUGGUGGGAGAAAUCAUUUACUAUUUACACUGAAUCCCUCUGCAGUUAAACGUAUAAAUUAUCUUGGUUAGUAAGGGAUUACACAUCAGUAAAAUUAAGUAGAACUACUUAGCGUGUAUAGUUGAACUUUAUGGCAGUAAUUAAUCCAACACAAUAUAAAAAAUGGCAGGCUUCCUCUAAAAAAAAUUCUAAGGCCAAGAUAUAAGCGUCAAAAUAAUGCUAACCAAAAACAAUACACAAC